AUGGCACCGGAGGUUGUUGAUGCAUUUAUGGGCGAAUCGCUGUCGUACGACAAAAGAUGUGACCUGUGGUCACUUGGAGUUAUCUUAUAUAUAUUGCUCUGCGGGUAUCCACCAUUUUAUGGUGAGUGUUGGCGUACGAAUUGUGGAUGGGACCGGGGACUACCUUGCUUCGAUUGCCAGGAGUCUCUUUUUCUGCGGAUUCAAGCCGGCCACUAUUCGUUCCCGGAAGAAGACUGGGGCCGCAUAAGCGAAAACGCUAAAGAUCUUAUUCGACAUCUUUUGGUUCGUGAUGUAAAGCAGCGAUAUUUGGUUGACGAUGUGUUGAACCAUCCAUGGUUGCAGAACGAAGCACCGAAAACUCCUCUUCAAACACCGGAUGUGCUCUCGCGUAACGAAAGUGCACGCGAUUUGAAGCAGAUGGCUCAGCAUUUCGCAGCGGCCAAUCGUCUGGCUUUGCAGCAGCGUUUCAGUUACAGCGGACAGAAGUCGAUGAACUGCACUAGAGCUUGCAGGGCAGUUGAGCCCACCGUCAUCCAGAUCGACAACACAAAACUUAUUGGUCUAAUGAAUGCAGAUAUACAGUUUUCAAGCUAUGCUACGAAGCGUGAAGAAAAGUUGCCACCUCUUCAUAAAAGUUUAAAGAACUUGACCUUGAACAAACGUCCAUCGCAAGGUUGCCAGCUGAAAAGUCAGCAUAACGGCCAAGUGGUUGAAAGAGCCGUGGAAGAAGAAGUUCCAGUGCAGGUGUAA